GAAGCAGUCAAGGAGCUGGAAGAGAGUUCCUAGAAAGAGGUGUUAAAUUCAGUAUCGGAAAAGAUCAAGGACGAAUAUUGUAGUUGGAUUUAGGAAGAAAGAGAUCAUGAAAGUUCAAAAUCAGAAUGUCAGGGCCCUAGAAUAGGAAGCCAGCAGGAGCGUAGUGGAGAACUGGGCGAUGGGGACAGCCCUGUGAGGAGGAUGCCGCAUCGGGGGAGGGGUUGCCUUUUUUUUUUAUCAAGGGAGAGUCCCGUAACCAUAUGGGUGGUAGACAAAGGCAACAGCCAGGGAGUUCUGGAUCCCUUGGAGCCAAGGACUGGAACUGACAUGCGAGACCUCUACCAACUGAGGGUUCUUUGAGCACACUCCUUUGCCAAGAUUUGGUGAAAAGUCUUUCACUCUGCAGUUGUGUCUUAGAAAUUCUUUUAUCAUGAUCGUGCUUGGCUGGAUGCUUUUUGUUGGCCUUGCAUGUUACAUGGGCACGUUUCCGGAGUUUAUGACUCCAACUCUGAGGUGGAAAGAGAGGUGGCCUGUUCAGGAGAGCAAGGCCCGACGGAACAGCCAGGCUUUGGAUGAAGAUCUACAACUAUCCCACUGGAAACAAGCAAAGAUGAUCCUGGUGAAGCAAUGCAGCUCUGAAGCCCUCCUGACCCGCUGGCUGUACAGUUCCUGUUGUUGGUUUCACAUAAAGUAAUUGCACAUUAUUUUUGUCACAUUUUAUGUAAAAAGUUACCGUACUUUUGAAGAUAAAGACUUGGUAUUCUGUUAGCUCAAAAACAGGGAGAGGGAGGCUGGGGAGGUAGUUGGGGGUGGAUGGAAGUGGUUGAUUACCUUGUUUCAUAGUCCCUAAGACUGGUAGUAAGACUAAGAUAUCCAGUUCAGUUUCUCCUGUGUUCUAUAUCCCUAAGGAUUGAAAUUUUCAAGAGCUCUUUAGACCUAUUUCUCAAGUAAUGCCUUUCUCCUGGGUCCCGGAUUGAAAUUAUGUUAAAGGGCUAGAGAUUGCAGCAACUUUAAGCCUGUUCUUUGGGGGUAUUUCUCUGUGGCCUUCCCACAAGUAUUAUUAAGAACCCAAAGCUUCCACCUUGGGGGGGAAAGGUCCUCAUUUUCAUAUUAGGUGUAAGAUACUCAAUUUUACAUUAUUUUAAUCCUUCCAGUAACCGAGUAGUAGCCUCAUUUCACAAAACGGCAAAAAUGAAGUUGAGAGUCGUAAGUAACUUACCAACCCACGCAGCUGAGUUGCAGUGAAGGUUAAGAUCCUGGCCUUUUCCUAGCAUGCUUUUGUGCGUCAAGGAAAAGGGCCAAACAAGAGACUGGGGUAUCUUAAGAUCUUGACUGCCUCAUGGUCCAAAUGUCUUCUUCAUCUGUGUAGCCAAAGAAGUGGCCUGAUGAUUCUUUUUGCACUGACUGCUGCUUAAACAGGCAAGUGUAGAAACAAAAGCUAACUGCUUAGUCCUCAUUAUGAUGCAGUUUAUGAGACCAAGGACAGAAACUAAGUAUGAGAUCUAUCCAGUUGCUGGGUGUCUGAGCCUUAGGUUAUUCUGAAUAAGCCCUCUAGUGAUUUGGAGCUUUCUGACCCUAAGGGGAGAUGGGGAGGGAGGAACAGCUCUAACAGGCGUAAACAUAGUACUUUUAAAAUAAAAUGUAUAAGUUGUUCCCAUUCUGUGGCUGCUUGGAUGACUGAUAUAGUUCCAUCGUCAGGAGUGCACCCUUACCAGCAUAUCUUUUUAUGUACACAUUUUGUUUAUGCCUAUUUGGUACAGAUUUGCUCAACUAUUUUGUAAGUGGCUCUAUGCACUGAAUGGAUUAACCUUUUUUUUUUUUUUGUGGAAGGAAAUGUGAAUUCAAAACCCAUGAGCAAAACUUUGUAAUUUCUCAGCCUAGCAUACUAGCAUCUCUUGUACUUGCGACUUAGUCUCAACACAUUUCAUGAAGUGACUGCAUUCUUCGGCUGCAUGGUUGUCCCUCAUGUAUGUAUUCCUAAAGAUUCAUCUCAGGUCUUAUUAUAGGGGAUCAGAGCUUGCUUUUCUUGAUAAGUAUAUACCCAGUUCUUUUUCCCUCCAGUUCAGAGGACACCUCCAAACAGUUCUCCUAAGUUGGGUGCCUUCUGGAAGCUGGUGGGAGAGAUGAUAGGUCACUAGUAGGGUCUGAACAGAUGUGAAUGUAUAAGGGAGAAUGAACAGAGGCAUGUGUAUAAGGAGACAAACCCCAUCUCUGAAGUCUGAUGAGUCUACUGGGGUUUCUAGCUGGAAAUAUGUUCAGGGUGAUGAUAUAGGAAUAUGAGUUUUGGUAAAUAAGUGCAAACCAGGGAGAUAUCAAUAAA